GUUUAGUUACUGCCAGUAAAUCCAGUGCAGUUGGCAGUAGUGAAAUUUACUGGUGCCGCGUUUCGUUUCUCCCAUCAGUAAAACCAGCAAAACAUAGCUGAAGUAAUCCAAAGUAAUCCCAAGUGAUCCUAAAGAUAAUCUGUUCGUAAAAAAUUGUAUGUUUAAUCGGUUUUUUGGCGCUACAAAAAGAAAUGAAGAGAUCUGUGCAAUCUGAAAAUAUGCCUCUACAUGAAUGCAACAAUAACCAAGAAUUACUUGAUUUAAAAUUACUCGAUGAAGCAACAAAUACACAAUAUGUUGUAAAAGUAAGAAGAGAAAUGUAUAAUCGUGCUCAUAAAGACAUGUUAUUUGCUACUACAUUGUUACAAAAAGCAAAAAAGGCACUUAAUUCUAAAAGUACACAUAGUUCUGCUGGUUCUGCUUCACCUGUAAAUGUAAUGGCAAAUGAUAACAGUACACCUAGUUGCUCAAACAUAACAAAUGCUGCAGUUCUUAAUGACACUGUUAAUGACGAAAAUAUACUUUCUACUUCUGACUCUGAAAAUAUUUCGGACACUCCAGAUACAGAAGUAAUUAAAGAAAAAUGGGGACAUGAAGCUACACUUCUUCUAGUAUCUUUAUACAAAGAAAAAUUAUAUAUGAUGGAAAAAGGUUCUCAUAAAAAAAUGUGGAUAGAAAUUGCUCAACGCAUGAAAGAAAAGAAAUAUAACUUUACAGGCAGUCAGUGCCAUAAUAAAAUGGAUGCAUUAAAGCGACGAUAUCGUCAAAUUGUUGACCAUAAUGCUCAAAGUGGGAAUGAUAAGAAAGACUGGAUAUAUUUAGAUGUGUUAGAUGACAUUUUUCAAAAGCAACAUUGGAUAAAACCAUUAUCCGUAGCAGGAUCAAAUAUUAAAGACUCUGAACAUUCACCACUAACUGACAGCAAUAAUGAAAAUGAAUCACCAUUUAAGCAAAGAAAGAUAUCCUUGACUGAAGCAAGAGCGAAAUACUUGAAGGAUUCAUUAGAAGAGAAAAGAUUAAAAAGACUAGAAACUGCCAAUUACAGAGACACAAAGUUACAAAUAUUAAGAGAAAUAAAAGAAGCGUUUGAAAAACAGAAACAGUAAUGUGUGUACAUACAUGAAGAGGAAAUGUGAACGUACCUGCAAAACCAUUAAAAGCUUAGGAGUAUUAUUAAAAGUAUUAAAAUGUUACACACAUACACUUUUAAAUAUUUAAACGUUUUAAGAAGUUUACUUACACUAUAAUUUCAAAGACUAAUAUGGUAAUUCUUUAUUAUUUAUUUUCUCAGAAAAAAUACGUUUUUUUGUUUCUAUCGUUAAUUUUUAAUUUAGUAAGAGAGUAUUAUAUUCAGGGUCUCUAUUCUUGAAAAAUAUCGCAUACGAUAUGCCAUGAAUAUAACUCUGCAACCAAUAGCACACUUGCAAAGUGUGAUUUUCUAAUGACAUUCCUAAAAUAUUGUAUGCCAUAUUUGUCGAGAAUAGGGCCCCAGGUUGAAGUGUGCUUUACACACUGUGAUGUUGUACCAAAUACUAUAGUAGAGAUUAUUAUGUUCUAUAUCUAACAGCUCAAAUGAGUUUAUAUAUAUACAUAUAUAUAUGGUGUAAUAAAAGUAUUGUGUUCAUUUAUUUUUAAGCUCAAGUUUUGUGAUCAUUAUAAGUAUAAGUUUUAUGAUAAGA